GAGGAGAGGAGCAGGAGGUUGCAGCCCAUCACGUGUCGAAUAAAUCAGAUUUUGGAGACGGACGUCCACCGCUCGGCCCCCAAAACCGUUUGGUCUGGUGAAGCGCACAGCAGCCGCUCCAGUGUGUCUGCAUUCAUCCUCACCGACAGACAGGCUGAUGCUGACGGAGAGCACAUAACGUCUCCUGGAUGAGGAAAGUUUUGCUGCAAGUUUGCCCUUUUUUUUCCACUUUUGUUUUUGUUCGUCAAAGAAACAAAUUCUGCCCUUCAGAGAAGAUCUCCAUAGGCUACCCGAGCUUUUUUCUUUCUCUCCUGAUAUGGAUUUAACUUUCACUUUUUGCUCCAUAAGGGGGAACUUAUGAGAGAGUGGAUAUAUUGUAGUUCUUCCUGAAAAUCAGCACAGAGGAGCAGAUAAAUGCUUAAAACGAAGAAGCAAAGAUGAAGACAGCUGCCAAGGGUCUUGGAAAGUCUAAAAUGGAUCCAUUGCACUCUGAGGGUUGGUUUGGCAUCAGGAUAGUGUUAAUGGUAUACGUACUAUUGGAGCUUUUAACACUCAAUUCAUCUUUUGUUCUUGGGACCCUUGAGCUACAGCUAGAUGAGGAACAACCAGCUGGGACAGUUGUGGGGGACAUCAGCGCAGGACUUCCACCUGGUGUCACAGCUUCUUUAUAUUUCAUAUCUGACCAUGAGGGCACAGGAGUGGGUAGUGAUUUGGACAUAGACGAAAGCACAGGUAUUAUUAAAACAGCUAAAGUUCUGGACAGAGAGUUGAGAGACAGAUACAGCUUCAUUGCAGUAACCAUGACAGGUGUGACUGUCGAAGUGACUAUCAAAGUAAAUGAUAUAAAUGACCAUGUUCCGAAGUUUCCCAGAAAAAGAGCCACAUUUAAAAUUCCUGAGCAGACGGCUAUUGGCACAAGAUUUCCUCUCGAGCCAGCUGUGGACAGUGAUAAGGGAGAGUUCACCACACAGGGCUAUAUUAUUAAGGAUGGAAAUGUUGGCCAGGCAUUCACCUUAGAGACAAGAAGAGGAAGCAGUGAGGUUCUCUUUCUCGACUUGGUGGUCAACGGCAUUCUAGACCGAGAGAAAAGAUCAACCUACACAUUAUUGUUAGAGGCCUUUGAUGGUGGUUCACCCAAGAGGACUGAUCAGAUGACCUUAGAUAUUAUCGUACAAGAUAUUAAUGACAACGCUCCUGUUUUUAACCAGAGCCGCUAUCAUGCAAUAAUAUCUGAGAAUCUCCAACCAGGAAGCAACAUCCUGCAGGUUUUUGCAACAGAUGCUGAUGAGGGAGAUAAUGGACUGGUACUAUAUGAAAUCAACAGGAGGCAAAGUGACCCAGAUCGAUACUUUGUUGUGGACACUAGCUCUGGCAUCAUUACAUUGAACAAGCAGCUGGACUUUGAGAUGAGAAGAGUACAUGAACUGGUGGUCCAGGCUCAAGACAACGCAACCCACCCUGAAGUAACCAAUGCCUUUGUAACCAUUCAUGUCAGAGACUACAAUGACAACCAACCCACCAUGACCAUCAUCUUUUUGAGUGAGGAUGGCUCUCCAAGAAUCUCAGAAGGUGCCCAGCCAGGCCAGUAUGUAGCACGAAUCUCAGUCACUGACCCAGACUAUGGAGAGUACGCUAACGUCAAUGUGUCAUUAGAAGGCGGAGAUGGAAAGUUUGGCCUGACAACAAAAGAUAGCAUAAUAUAUCUUGUAUGUGUGGACCAGAUUCUGGACCGGGAAGAAAGGGACACCUAUGAGCUGAGGGUGAUGGCGACAGAUUCAGGCACACCUCCACUUAGGGCGGAGUCUUCCUUUGUCAUCCAGGUGACUGAUAUAAAUGACAACCCACCUCUUUUUGAUCAUCCAGUGUACAGACAAGUGAUCCCUGAGGUGGUCUUCCCAGGCAGCUUUGUGUUGCAGGUAACUGCGAGAGAUAAAGAUCACGGGCCAAAUGGGGACAUUAACUACAGCAUCCUCGAAGAUCCCAGUGGCUACUACAGCUGGUUCAGUAUCGACUCCAUUACGGGCAUAAUCACCACGUUAUCCCAGCUUGAUUAUGAAAAGAACCCUAAUCCCAGUAUAACUGUUGUAGCCACAGAUGGAGGCAAACCUCCCCUUUCUUCCACAUCAGUGGUAAAUAUCGUUCUUCAGGAUAUAAAUGACAAUGAGCCUGUUUUUGAGAGAAACUUCUACAACGUCUCCAUCAAGGAAAACACGCCACCAGGGACCUGCAUUCUUCAGGUGACGGCGACAGAUGCGGAUGGAGGCUCCUUUGGCUCUGUCUCCUACUCCCUUGGCUCUGGCAGUAACAGUGCUGUUCCCUCUCAGUUUACCAUUGGCAAGGAGACGGGCCAGAUCUGCACUAACGUUGUAGUAGACAGGGAUCAAGGGCCGGACAGUUUCGACUUCACUGUAACUGCAGUAGACGGGGGUGGACUGAGCUCAGUAGCCUAUGUGAAGGUGGACUUGGUGGACGUGAACGAUAAUAGACCCGCUUUUUACCCACUCAGUUACGCUGUUAGUUUGAGCACACAGAGUGCCCCUGGGACAUCUGUUCUUAGAGUGAUGGCCUAUGACCCAGACUCAGGCGAGAACGGCAAAAUUACAUACAAAACACUACCUGGAGGAGCCUCCCCAUACUUUACCCUCAACAAAGACACAGGUGUUAUCUCCCUGUCUCGGUCAGUCUAUGGGAAAGCCAACUCCGUUAUUCCCAUGGUUAUCUCUGCUCAAGAUGGUGGUGGCCUCUUGGCUUUAGAAAAUGCAAGAGUCAACAUUAGUGUGGUGGCAGGGCUGGUGGCACCCCCUGUAUUCGAACAGGCUCAGUACUACUUUACUGUAUCAGAGGACGCCCUGCGUGGAACAGUGGUCGGCAUCGUCCAGGCCAGCAGUAAGACAGGUAAUUCCAGGGGCAUCGCUUACACAAUAAGCUCUGGGGACCCAGCAGGCUACUUCACUGUGGAUCCUGACACUGGAGCCUUAAGGACCAGUCUGCCACUGGAUCAUGAAACUCAGCCAAUUCUUGAUAUAGAAGUGCAGGCCCGCAGCGGCAACCCUCCUGCAUUUGGACAGACUCGUAUUCAGAUCACCAUUGCAGACAUCAAUGAUAAUCCUCCCGUGUUUUUACCCUCGUCCUCAGAGUCUCUGCUACUGCCAGAGAACACAGAAAUGGGCACAGUGGUGUAUCGCAUCCAAGCAGAGGACAGAGACUCAGGGCUCAAUGGACAGCUUAGCUUCGACCUUUCCUCUCCAAGUGGAAUUCAGAGGAUUUUCAGCAUAGAGCGCAGCACUGGAGAGAUUCGACUGGUUGGAAGCCUCUGCUAUGAAACUAACCCCCGCUAUGACCUCUUGGUGAUUGCCAAAGAUAAAGGCGUGCCCCAGCUUAGUGCUACCCUGAUGCUUGUGGUUCAUGUGCAAGCAGAGAAUGAUCAAGGUCCUGUAUUUGAUACCCUCACUUACAGAGUUGAACUAAAAGAAGGAGCUCCUAUAAACACUCGCUUCCUACAAGUCAGGGCUAUGAGCAGAGAGAUCCCAGGCUCAGGUAAUCUGAGCCCACUAAUGUAUCAUCUUCGUCCAGAUGGAGAUGCCGCAGGAUUCGGCAUAGCAGCAGACAGUGGCUGGCUUUUCAUAAAAAACUCCCUAGACAGGGAGCAGAAGGACAUAUAUCUCCUAACGGUGCUUGCCAGCGUGAGCCAUGGAGGGUUAAAAAAGACGGGGAGCGCCACGGUCCGCAUAUCUGUGACCGAUGAGAACGACAAUGCUCCUCGGCUCGCCCAGCAGAGAGUUUUCAUGGCUGUGAGAGAGAAUCUGCCUGCAGGGACAGGUUUUGGUCAUGUGUUGGCCACAGAUAGGGACAGUGGGUCUAAUGGACGCCUCAGCUACCGCUUCCUGCACACUGACCGCCACUUCCAGAUAAACAGCUACACAGGUGAAAUCAGUACAAGGAUGACUCUCGACAGAGAGCAGCAGUCAAGUUAUCAGCUGAUGGUGGUGGUACAAGACGGGGGUUCACCCCCUCGCUCUGCGACGGGCACCGUCUUCAUUACUCUACUUGAUGACAACGACAAUGACCCAGCUUUUAUUCAUAGUCAAUCAGGGAAAAAUAUCCUCAUUCAGGUGAAAGAAGGUCAACCUGCUGGUGCUGUGCUGGGAACGCUGCAAGCCAAAGAUCCAGAUGAAGGAGAGAAUGGCACAAUAGUGUACUCCUUAUCAGGUCCCAGGGCUGAGCGUUUCUCUUUGAAUGCAAUCACCGGCGAGCUGCACUCAUCAUCCCCUCUCAGCCACUCGGAAAGGGCCGAAUAUUCUCUGACGGUGACAGCCACUGACAGAGGACUACCCCCGCGCAGCACCUCCUGCUCCCUUACAAUUCAGGUGAUCAGCAAAAGCAGUCAAGACACUAAGACGAGGACCCACUCCGUAAUUUUCAACUCUGUGGAGGAGGAGGCCACUCCUGGCACUGUUAUUGGCACGGUUUGCCUCCAUGACAGAAAAACCACCGAAGAGGGCAAGGUGACGUACACAGUGAUCGGAGGCACCGAUCAGGAUGGGACUUUUGUCGUGGACCGCCUAACUGGUGAUGUUUACCUAGCUUGUCCUCUUGACUAUGAACGAGACAAAAGGUACAGCCUGAAAAUCGAAGUGGAUGACUUCUCGCAGGUCCCUCCUAGAAGCACGCUAGUCAACUUGGACAUUGACAUAGAAGACAGCAACGACCAUUCCCCUGAGUUUGCUGAAGACCCCAUCACAAUCGUCAUCUCUGAGAACACGGAGGCAGGCUCCUCUGUUUAUACUUUCCAGGCAACAGAUAAGGAUGGCAGUGGGCCUAAUAGUGAACUGCUAUACUCUAUUCUCCAGCAGUGGCCAAAUACCCCUGGGCUUUUCAAACUUGACCCUGUCACUGGUAUUCUCUCUUUGGGUCACAAGCUGGAUCAUGAGGUCACGUCAACAAUGAUGCUGGUCGUUAAGGCGACAGAUUCGGCCCUCAAUGCCAGCCAGAGGCAUUGGGGUUCUGUCACAGCAAGAAUCUAUGUAACCGACGAGAAUGACAAUCCACCAGUAUUCAUAUCGCCAACAGCUGUCAGCGUUAUGGAGGACCAGCCUGUGGGCUUUGUGGUGCUUUUUCUGAUGGCCAGAGAUGCUGAUCAAGGGGAAAAUGGAAGGGUGACCUAUAAAAUCCAAUCAGGCAACACAGGAGGGACAUUUAGCCUCAACCCUAACACAGGCUCUCUCUCUAUUUUCAAAUCACUGGACCGUGAGGAGCAGGAUAUCUUUAACCUCACAGUAACUGCAGAGGAUCAUGGGAUACCUCAGCGCUCUUCUAGUCAGAUUCUGUGUGUCCAAGUGAUUGAUGUCAACGAUGAAGUGCCCUGGUUUGAAGAGAGCCAUUAUGAAGCACAAAUCUCUGAGAACAAACCUGCAGGAACAAGUGUUUUAACAGUGUCGGCUUCUGAUCUGGAUCAAGGAACCAAUGGGCUUGUGACAUAUCACAUCUCACAGGGAAGUUUCACGAUCAACCCGGUCACAGGGGUCAUAACAACCACUAAGUCUUUGGAUAGGGAGCUUCAGGAUUAUUAUUCUAUCACAGUUUAUGCAAAAGAUGGAGGCCUCCCACCCAACUAUGCUAAAGCAACAGUAAAGAUCAAGAUCCUUGACGCCAAUGACAACGCCCCUGUUUUUGGACGUCUCUACCACAGCAUAGAGGUGCCUGAAAAUAUGGAGGCGCUACCUCUUUUUACCGUAAAGGCCACAGAUCCAGAUGAGGGAGACAGUGGAGAGAUUCACUACAGAAUUUCAGCCGGGGAUCCAUCCGGAAACUUCCACAUUGACCAGAAAACAGGCCUGCUGUAUACUUCAAGGCCACUAGAUCGGGAAAAGAGACCUGGGUAUACAUUAACAGUUGUAGCUCAGGACAAGGGCAGUCUUCCACUUAGCAGUAGUACUACUGUUGAAGUGACAGUUCUUGACAGUAAUGACCACAGUCCACAGUUUGAAAGCAGCAGCUAUACUGCGGACAUUGCAGAAGAUGUUCCCAUCGGUUCCCUGGUUCUACAAGUCCGAGCCAUUGAUUUGGACAAUGGACCCAACAGUCAAAUCCUCUACUUCCUGAGCCACGGCUCUCAGAGCAUGUUCAUCAUAGACCAGAACACGGGCCGUAUUAUCACAGCUGCAGCCCUAGAUAGAGAGAAAACUGCCUCAUACACUUUUAUGGUGUGCGCCACCGAUUCCUCUCCCACAAACCCCCUGAAUUCAACUGCUGAAGUUACUAUCUACAUCCAAGAUGUGAACGACCACUCCCCUUUCUUCAUCCAGGAUCCACUUAUUCUGAACAUCUCUGCCAGCUCCAUUUCUAGUCGGGGAAUCUUAGCCACAAUGAGGGCUGAAGAUAAGGACUUUGGAGCUAAUGGGUCUGUUUUUUAUCGUUUUGCCAACCCUGUGAGGGGGUUUACAAUCAACUCACUAACAGGAGACAUCCAGUGCACAGAAAAGCUUCAGUCCCUCACCCAAACCCAGAGGACUCUGAUUGUUCAGGCCAUGGACCAAGGAAAUCCUGCUCAGUCUUCACUGGGAGUUGUUAUCAUUUAUAUUAAGGAGCAAAACUACAGAGGGAUCCGCUUUUCUCGUACAGCAAGAGAUGUCAGUUUACAAGAGAAUGCUGCAAAAGGAACGGUAGUGACAAAGACAGAAGCCCAGUAUCCCGAUGGCUCCAAAACUGGCAUCAUCUACAGCAUUUUUAGUGGAAACAAAUUGCAGUCUUUUGGGAUAAACCCCAUUACAGGGGAAAUAUGGGUGCAGAAAUCUGAAGGACUCGACUUUGAGGAAACCCCAAAACUCCGCCUUGUUGUGAAAGCAGAAACAUCGUCUUCCAGCUCCUACAUGGCUGUUAACUUGAUUCUACAGGACGUGAAUGACAACUUGCCCCGCUUCCAGCUCCAGAACUAUGUGGCAUACAUCCGAGAGGCACAGGGACACAAUUCCCCCAUUAUCCAGGUUGCUGCAGAUGACAUGGACCAGGGUCAAAAUGCACAGGUGACAUACUCCAUCAGGUCAUCGUCCAUGAGUGGGUUAUUCAAGAUUGACCCCUUGACUGGAAGCAUCACCACUGGUGCCAUCAUGGACCGGGAGAUCUGGACCCAAACAAAGCUUGUUGUUGUGGCAACAGACCGGGGAACCCCACGGCUGGCUGGCUCUGCCACCCUAACUGUGAUCAUCGUAGACCUCAAUGACAACAGUCCCAUGAUUCCUGUGCCACGAGAGAUCCGGGUGCCUGAGGAUACUCUUAUUGGGACAGUUAUCACCCGGGUCACAGGAAAUGAUGUUGACUCAGAACCACCGCUGUCCUAUACAUUACACCUGGAUGCUAACAGCCAAGGCAUGUUUGGAAUUCAUCAUUAUGGGGGAGGAGUGUCUUUGACCGGCUCUCUUGACCAUGAAGAGAGGACGUGGUACACGCUGACGGUGCGCUCAUCUGACUCCAAACAUCAAAGCGAAGCCAAUCUCACCAUUCUUGUUGAUGACGUGAAUGACAAUGCCCCCGUGUUUACUCAGGAUUUCUAUCAGGUUACUGUGUCAGAGCACCAAGGAGCAGGCAGUGCACUGAUCACCUUAACAGCCACUGACCGUGACUCUGGCGAGAACGGCAAAAUUACCUACAGAGUGAUGUCAUCCACUAAGGGGGCAUUCUUCAUUGAUCCAAAUAAUGGAACUCUUUUUAUCAACCAGAAGACAGAACUGGAUUUUGAACAUCCUUCCAUUCUUGUUGCUAUUGAAGCAAGGGACCAUGGUACUCCAUCUCUAUCAUCCAUCGCCACUGUUCAGAUCCAUGUAUCCGAUGUCAAUGACAACGCUCCAGUUUUUCACCAGUCCGAGUACAGAGCCACUGUCUCUGAGGAUGGCCUUCCUGGAUCAACUGUUCUCACAUUAGAAGCCGUGGAUGGAGACCUUUUUCGGGAAAACUGUGGUUUUGAUUUUGCAAUUGCCAGUGGCAACUCUGGUAAUACCUUCCAGAUUGAGAGUAGUGUGCACUUCCUGGAGGGUCAGGGAUUCCAGACAGUCGGCAGCCUGAUUCUGAUGGAAAAGCUUGACUUUGAAGCAUUCCCAACUUAUAACCUGACUGUUGUGGUAUCAGAUCGGGGGAUCCCCCAACGUAGCUCUAGUGUGCCAGUCCUAAUCAGUAUAACAGAUGCUAAUGACAACCCUCCAACAUUCAGUAGAACAGAUUACAGUGUUGUACUAAGUGAGGGUGUAGCAAUCGGGACAGAGAUCUUACAUUUAUCAGCCACAGAUCCAGACUCUGCCCCCAAUGGAGAGGUGCAGUACACUAUAAGUUCAGGAGAUCAGACAAAUCUGUUUGAGGUGGAUCGUUGGACUGGAGUACUGAGGCUACAAAGACCUUUAGACAGCAAAGCACAGCUAUCCCAUAUGAUUGUUGUCCAGGCGACUGAUGUUCAGGGCCAUUAUGCUUUGGCUGCAGUACAUAUCGAGGUAAAAGACAUAAAUGACAACAGGCCUUUCUUCCCUCUUAAAUCAGUAACUGCAAGUGUCAGGGAGAACCAACCCCCAAAUGCCUUAGUUACAAUGCUGCAUGCAGUUGACCAUGAUAAGGGAGUCUUUGGACAGCUGAAGUAUUACCUCUUAGAUACCUCUAAAGAUAGACAAGAGGAUUUCUUCAUAAAUCAAACAUCAGGUGAAGUACGAACACGCUCUACAUUUGACUUUGAGAAGGUCAACUACUUUUAUUUUGUAGCUGUCGCCAUGGAUGCUGGCAAUUAUUCUGCCACCGUAACAGUACAGGUUUAUGUCACAGGUGAGGAUGAAUACGAUCCUGUUUUCAUCUCAUCAGACUUCACAUUUGAAGUGCCUGAAGGAGCAAAGAGAGGUCAGAUCAUUGGCAAAGUACAUGCCAGUGAUGAGGAUGGAGGUGUGGAUGGCAUUGUCCUUUACUCAUUAUCAGAACAUUCGCCUUACUUUGAAGUCAAUGAAUCAAGCGGAGAAAUUUCAAUAAAGAUGGACAGCAGUAGUAGACAUGUGAGCCGCUCUAAAAGAGAGAUACGUGUGAUUACUCUGGAAGUGACUGCUCACAGCCCUGUAGAUACUUCUCGCACAGCAGUGGCCAAAGUUUUCGUAGAUGUCAGCCAUACAUCCUUUGGCCUUACUACAGACAUGAGCAUGUUGCUUGUCAGUGUCAUUGCUGUUUCGCUUGGGACGAUAAUGAUUUUGAUAGUAAUUGCUGUGGCACUAUUUUUUGUUAGGUUGCAACGUCGUAAAAGGGAGCAAAGAACCCAUAAGAGAAACCCAAUGUCAGGCACCUUACUGCACAAUUUUGAGGAAACAAAACUAGCAGCAAGUGAAAUUAUAUAUCAUCAAACCCUUCCUGGGUAUGCAUCUGACCAAAGUGGUAAUGUUGGUGGACCAUACACUCGUGGGGGUUCCCUUGAUCCGUCCCACUCUAGUGGCCGUGGAUCUGCAGAGGCAGCUGAGGAUGACGAAAUACGAAUGAUUAAUGAGUAUCCUCGAGUGUCAAGCAUCUCUUCUUCCAUGCAGGAGCGUAUUUCUGCCCGAGGUCCAGACUCUGGAAUUCAGCAGGAUGCUGAUCAGCUCUCAGAUGUUUCAUGUGAACCAUCUUUGGACUGGUUUAAAGGAAAGAAAGUGAGCAGCACAAAUAGUACUUUGAUAGCUGGCCAGGUGCCAGUCUACAGGGAUGAUAGGGGUGGAUACGUAGGUGUCGGGCGAGGACUCAGCAUCUCCCAGCCAAAAGACUAUACCUUCCCAGAGGAUGGGAAACCCCCUGUGGAUGGCUCCCUUACAGCCAUUGUGGCAGGUGAUGAGGAGCUGAGGGGCAGCUACAACUGGGACUACCUUCUAAAUUGGUGCCCUCAGUUUCAACCUUUAGCUAAUGUUUUUACAGAAAUAGCACGUUUAAAAGAUGAAACUGCUCCCUCUCAUUCCCGGAGGUCAUUUCAACACAAAGCAAAAGCAGAGUCGAGGAUUGACCCUCCGCCUCUCAUAACCUCUGUGGCCCACCCUGGGGCCAAAACUGUACCCCCAAAACUUGCAAUCACAAGGACUUUCUCUCACCUGGCCUCGUUACGAAGAUCACCCAUCAGUGCUGAGGGGUCCAUCUCCUCGGUUGCGAUGUCUCCAAGUUUUUCUCCAUCUCUUUCACCGCUGGCAGCACGCUCUCCUGCAGUUACACCCUUCAGUGUCUCACAGGGCCCCUCUGCCUCCUUGAUUAGCACAACUGAACAUAGUUUUGAACACAGCGACGAGGCAGACCUACGGAUUUAAACUCUAAACUGCUGGAUUACAAUCCAGUCACUGCUGUUCAAAACUUGUGCUACUGUAGGACCACAGGCUGCAACUUGAAUGCUGUAAUAUUAAACCAUCUUUGUUCUGUUUCUCAAAAAAAAAACAAGUGCGCAGUUGUAUUUUCUGACCAAAAAGCUGAAGCUGUGGUGCUUUUUAAGACAAAACAUCACUUAGAGGCCAAAAAAAAGUUAUGCCUUUCUGUGGUGUGUGUUUGUAUAUGUUUAUGUAUUUCUGCUUUGUUUAUUAGUCUUAAUUUGCACAUUUAAAUAGGGAUUUAUACAUGUCAAUAUUUUGUACAAAGUCAUUGUUUAUAUUUUUGUACCUAGAUGUGGUUUCUGUCAAUAAAACGUUGCGUUAAGAGUUAAGGGUAGAAGACACCUCAGAACAUAUCUGUAUAUUUGUAGCUUGUACUGUAUACUUGUUUGUACUGUAUGUUUGUGACAUUUUAUGUAUUCUCAAACUUGUGGUUCAAAUGAGGUUCCUCAUUAAUGUGUUUAAAAGUUCAUGACCUAAAUGUAAAUAUUUGUUGUACAAGAGAUUUCUUUGAUUUCUUAAAUGAAACAUCUUUAGAAAAAAAAAACCCUGUAUAUUUAACUGCUUACAAUGAAUGUGAAAAGCUAAAAGGUCUUUAUCACAGGUCACCCUAAACUGUGCAAAGGAAAGGGAAAUGUGACACCCGUUCUUCCUGUGCAUCGGGGCGAUGGAUUUCUUACAUUUUUUUACUUUAGGCCUUAUUGUUUCUCAUGCUAUAUUGUAAAAAAAAAAAAAAAAAAGUACUUUUUAAACAGGUUUAUGAAAAAAUCACUAGUUCUGUCGGUAGCAAAACUAUUCCGGAAAAAUAAGCAAUUUUCAUCUAGUAAAUUAAUGUUUCUCUAUAAAGACAAAAACACUAUAAAAAAAAAAGGCUUUUUUGCUCUAAAUUGGGCCAUUUUGUUUUGGGGAUUGUUAUGUACAUAAUUUAAACAUAGAUUUGCCUGUUUUGACUUUUUAUUUAUCCUCUAAUAAGUUUUAAUAUUUUAUACUAUGGUCUUCAAGAAGCACCUUGGAGUAUUUCAGAUCAUUUUAUGCAGAUACCCUCAUCGAAUCAUGUUCGUGAGCACUAAUAUGUUUUUGUCAACCUUUUACUGAACAAUAUAACGAGUUCUUAGUGGCCCUGUUUAGUAGGUAGUUCUAUACUUAUGUUAUCUUCAAAUCUUUUACAGUGAUUUUAUUUAAGCAGGCUUAGAAAAUACAGGCUUUAUGUUUGAAUAUCCUGACCACCAUAUACAAAUAAGCACCACUGCUUUUUGUUAUAUUUUUAAAUAACAUAUGUUAAAAAAAUGAAAGUCUGCCAUUUGUCUCCCUUGAAGGAGAAAUCAUAACAAAGAUGACUGCAAAUGAUUUUAAACCUAUUCAUCUAGACUUAAGGUAAAAAGUGCCUGAUUAAAGUUCUUGAGAAUGUUGUCUGAGAGUGUUGUCUCUGUUAUAUGUUUCUGUGUUACAGCAAAAAUCUUGUUUACUCAUAUAACAGUCAUGUUGUAUAAACAUAAUCCAUGCAUGUAGUACAUGCACCAGCAGGACUUUUAACAUUUCGUAACUAAAGGGAAUUGUUGCAGCUGUCGAAAGAGUUGGGCUCCUAAACGCACAGUUCUUUCUUAUUUAUAACAUUUACCGGUAAAAGACUGUUUAUUCUUUGUGCCUUUGUGUCUCUCUACUAAGUAUUAGCAGGAUUACCAGUAAGUAAAGAU